UAAAUGAACAAUUAACUAAUAUCAAUCAUUAUUUACCUAUCAACUCAUCUACAAUAACAACACAAUUACAUAAAAUGUAUCCUACAACCAUAGAUACAACUAUAUCUAUGAUAAAACAAACAAAUAUUGAAACGAAUUCAUUCAAUGAUCCUAUAAUACAAUCUGAAUUAGAAUCUAUUCCAUCAAUUCAUAUAUCUAAUGUAUUAGAUUAUUAUUAUGAUAAUAACAAUCAUAAUCAUAAUCAUAAUAAUAAUCAUAAUUGUAUUACAGAGAAACAAUCGAAUAUUGAUACAUUAACACAAUAUUAUCAGGCGGUUCAACCAAUUAUGAGUACAGUAAAAAAAUUUAGCGCCAAUUUCGAUAUCAGUAGCCAUAGCAACAAUAAUAAUUAUAAUGUUAAUAAUAAUGAUGUAAAUCAAUCACUUAUCACAAUGCAUUUAGGUGAAGAAACUUUUGAAAAUAUUUCAAAUUCAGAUUAUUCAAUCAAUUCAAAUAUAAUUCAUUGUUUACCAAAUUUAGAACCUGGUUUGUAUUAUUCAGAUGAUCAAUUCUAUACAACUUAUUCACAUCAUUUAAAUAUGAUCAAAGCAAAAUAUAAUCAGAAUACUACUAUCAAUACUACUACUACUACUACUCAUGAUAAUAAUAAUAAUAAUAGUUCACCAAUUUACACUAGUUACGAUGGAAAACAUUUGACACCAAUCGAUCAUUCUAAUACAUCCUAUUCCACAAAUCACUUCUGAUAUGUUCAAUGGUGAAUAAUCAUGAAUCAGGUUAUACAUAUCUAUAUAUAUUUCAUUUCUGUAAUACAGUUUACAUGUACAGUUUACAUGGUAUUCAUUGUAAUCCUAUAACAAUUACAUCUAUACAAGAUUGUGUUUUCUUUUCUCAGUUAUAUUUUUCUCUAUUUUUCUUUUCUUUUUUCUUUUUUUAUUUAUUAUCAAUAUUAUUACUUCUUUUUAUUUUAUUCUUUUAAAAUUAUGUCGUUUAUAUAUUUAAUCUAAAAUUAUUCUAAUUCAUAUUGCC